UUCAGCCCGAGCAGGAUGGCGACGGAGCUGGACGCGGAAGGACGCGCGGCGGCGCGGCCGCUGCUCACUGACCUCUACCAGGCCACCAUGGCACUGGGCUACUGGCGCGCCGGUCGGGCCGGUGAGCCCGCCGAGUUCGAGCUUUUCUUCCGCCGCUGUCCGUUCGGCGGUUCUUUCGCCCUGGCCGCGGGCCUGCGUGACUGCAUGCGCUUCCUGCGGGCCUUCCACCUGCAGGACUCAGACGUGCAGUUCUUGGCUUCUGUGCUACCCCCAGACACGGACCCCGCAUUCUUCGAGCACCUUCGUGCGCUAGACUGCUCUGGGGUGACGGUGCGGGCCCUGCCGGAGGGCUCCCUCGCCUUCCCCGGCGUGCCGCUGCUGCAGGUGUCCGGGCCGCUGCUGCUCGUGCAGCUGCUGGAGACGCCGCUGCUCUGCCUGGUGGGCUACGCCAGCCUCGUGGCUACCAAUGCAGCUCGCUUCCGCCUAAUUGCAGGGCCGGAUAAAAAGCUGCUGGAGUUCGGCCUGCGGCGAGCUCAGGGCCCAGAUGGAGGUCUCACAGCCUCCACCUACAGCUACCUGGGCGGGUUCGACAGCAGCAGCAACACGCUUGCUGGACAAUUGCGGGGUGUGCCUGUGGCAGGGACUCUGGCCCAUUCCUUCGUUACUUCGUUUUCCGGUAGUGAGGUGCCUCCUGACCCGAUGCUGGCUCCAGCUGCUGGUGAGGGCCCCAGGAUCAACUUGGCUGCCAGUGUAAAUUUGUGGCUAGAGCGCGUGUGCACCCACCUGGGGCUGGAGGUGCAGGAGCCACAUUCUGGGGAGCGGGCAGCUUUUGUGGCCUAUGCCCUGUCCUUUCCUCGGGCUUUCCAGGGCCUGCUGGAUUCCUACAGUGUGCGCAGGAGUGGUCUUCCCAACUUCCUGGCAGUGGCCCUGGCAUUGGGGGAGCUGGGCUACAGGGCAGUGGGCGUGAGGCUGGACAGUGGUGACCUGCUUCAGCAGGCUCAGGAGAUCCGUGGGCUCUUUCGAAACAUUGCUGCCAAGUUCCACAUACCCUGGCUGGAAUCUGUUCCCAUUGUCGUCAGCAACAACAUUGAUGAGCUAGAGUUGGCCCGACUGGCCCAGGAGGGCAGUGAGGUGAACGUCAUUGGCAUUGGCACCAGUGUGGUCACCUGUCCCCAGCAGCCUUCCCUGGGCUGUGUCUACAAGCUGGUGUCUGUGGGAGGCCAUCCUCGAAUGAAGCUGACUGAGGACCCAGAAAAGCAAACACUGCCAGGGAGCAAGGCUGCUUUCCGGCUCCUGGGCUCUGAUGGGUCUCCACUAUUGGACCUGCUGCAAUUGUCAGAAGAACUGCCACCCCAGGCUGGACAGGAACUAAAGGUCUGGCCUAAAGGAGCCCAAGAGCCCUACACUAUAAGGCCAGCCCAAGUGGAGCCACUGCUGCGACUCUUCUUGCAGCAGGGACAGCUGUGUGAGCCACUUCCAUCUCUGGCAGAGUCCAGAGCCUUCGCCCAGCAGUCCCUGAGCCACCUCAGUCCUAAGAACAGGUGGCUGUGGAGCCCUGAAGCAUAUCAGGUCGCACUAUCAGAAAAGCUUCACACGCUGGUGGACAGUCUGAGUGCUGGAGAUUCCUUGUGAGAGUUGUGGUUGGAGGCUGCCUAGAAACAACAUGACCCACUGUGUUCCCACCUU